UACUGUGAUUUUGAAGGUUUGAAUCAACAAACCCUGUUGAAUACAUUACCAGGGGUAUCAAAGGCGAGUACUGUAUUUUAGCAAAAAGGCAUCACUUGAAAAAAGGCAACUAUCAUCUCAUCACACUAAAGUGCAUUUUGAAAUUGUAUACAGUAGUCAAAACGCUAUCAAAAUGAAUGCAGAAGGAGUCUCAAACUACCCUAUUGCCUCACUAUAUGUUGGAGAUUUGAAUCCUGACGUUACAGAAGCUAUGCUUUUUGAGAAAUUCUCAACAGCUGGGCCUAUUUUAUCAAUACGUGUGUGUCGUGAUGCGAUCACCAGAAGCUCUCUUGGCUACGCCUACGUACAGUUUGAGCAGGCUGCAGAUGCUGAGAGAGCACUAGACACCAUGAACUUUGAUGCCAUCAAAGGGCGCCCUAUUCGUAUUAUGUGGUCUCAGCGUGAUCCAACUUUACGUCGUACUGGCAUGGGUAACGUCUUCUUUAAAAACUUGGACAAAUCAAUUGAUAACAAAGCUCUCUAUGAUACAUUUUCGGCUUUUGGUAACAUCUUGUCUUGUAAGAUUCAGUGCGAUGAAAACAACGAAUCUAAAGGCUAUGCCUUCGUUUAUUUUGAGACCGAAAAUGCUGCCUCUAAGGCCAUCAGUAAAGUGAAUGGCAUGUUGCUCAAUGGAAAAAAAGUGUAUGUAGGUCAUUGGAUUCCUCGCAAAGCCCGGGAUGCUGACAUGGGAGAUAAAAUGAAGAGCUACACAAAUGUUUUUAUAAAAAACUUGAGUGAAGAUGUAUCUGAUGACCAGCUAAUUGAAAUGUUCUCCAAAUAUGGCAAGAUUGUUAGUGCCAAAGUAAUGCGGGACGAUGGUGCUAAAAGCCGUGGCUUCGGUUUUGUGAGCUUUGAGGACCACGAAGCAGCAUCACAGGCCACUCAGCAGCUGAACAAUGUUGAUGUGGACGGUCGUACUUUGUAUGUUGGGCGUGCACAGAAGAAAGCAGAACGUCAAGCUGAGCUUAAACAGAAAUAUGAACGACUGAAAGCAGAGAGAAUCAAUCGCUUCCAGGGUGUUAACCUUUACCUAAAGAACCUUGAUGAUGAAAUUGAUGACAAGCGGUUGCAGAAAGAAUUUGAAAAGUUUGGUACUAUUACAAGUGCAAAGGUUAUAAGUGAUGAAAAGGGAAUCUCAAGAGGAUUUGGGUUUGUGUGCUUUUCUUCCCCUGAAGAAGCAAUUAAGGCUGUUACUGAGAUGAAUGGAAGAAUCAUUGCUACUAAACCUCUCUAUGUAGCACUAGCACAGCGGAAAGAAGAUCGUAAGGCACAGCUGGCUGCCCAACACAUGCAACGUAUUGCAGGGAUUAGAGUUCCCGGGAAUGCACAACAGGUAAACCAGGUGUUUAGCCCAGGGUUUGGGUACUUUACUCAAGCCGUUCAGCCCCCACAAGCACGAUUAUACCCAGCAGGGCAGAUGACCCAAAUCAGAAACCAAAGGUGGACUGGUGCUAACCAGCCAAGACCAGGAGUGAUCCCUCAGUCUGCUAUCCGUGUUCCUGCCGCUCAAGGAAUUCCAACUGUACCAGCUGAACAACGCCAAGUGAAGUAUGCUAAUGCUGUGUGCAAUCAGACUGUUGCUAGUCAGUCUACUGGAAUUCCUGUGGUAAGUUGUACAAACUAUAAAGACUUUACACGCAAUUAUAAAUGAUUAAUGAAUCUUUCU